AUGGCUGAAGAUGAAUUGGAAGCACUCGAUGCCCUCGAGAGAGAGGCAUCUGAAUUUACAAAAGAUGCGGAAAUUGAUCGCAUCAGGAAGGCCUUCCAACUCGAUGCGUAUGCGGUUCUGGACCUCCAACCUGGCGUCCCUGAUUCCGACAUAAAAGUACAAUACCGCAAGAAAUCCCUCCUCAUACACCCGGAUAAAUCCUCAAACCCUGCGGCGCCAGACGCCUUUGAUCGCCUUAAAAAGGCGCAAACGACGCUGCUGGAUGAAAAAGCACGAGCUCACCUUGACGAGUGUAUAGCCGAUGCGCGACGAAUAUUGAUCAGAGAACACAAGUAUACCCUCGACUCCCCCGAACUGAAGACGGAGGAAUUCAAGAAGGAAUGGCGACAGAAGACUGUAGAGGUUCUCGUUGAGGAAGAGGCCAGGCGGAGGCGACGGUUGAAGGCGCAGUUGCAGGAGGAAGGCAGAGAAAAGAAGAAGGAAGAGGAGGAGAUCGAGGCGCGGAAACGGAAAAGAGAAGAUGAAAAGGCUUGGGAGGAAUCGCGCGAUGAGCGGAUUGGGAGCUGGAGGAAUUGGCAAAAGGGCAAAUCGCAGAAAGGGGAAGGGAAGAAGAAGAAAAAGAUAAAGGUGUUAGGAUGA